GACUGACGCUCGAGCGGGUGGAGACUGCUGCACAUUUAAAUCCCCCGGGUCGGUUAUUCAGCAACAAACAACGUUUCUUUUUUUAUUUUCUUUCUAUCGUUGGAGUCUUUAGAACUGGUUUAAUGUCGUAAAUGACAGGUCGGUAAGGGCGUCGUUGGGAAGUUUUUUCGAGGGGGGGUUUUGACCAGCAAAGGGCCAUGGCAGUCGAGGCUCGGCCGGAGCUGGUCGGGAAGCGGUUCCUCUGUGUCAGCGGGGAAGAGCCGCCUGAAAUCGGCGACACAGGUCGGUGGCCGUGGAGGUCCGGUGUCAUACGAGCCGUUAACCAUCGUGACAACGACAGUCUCGACCUGACGGUUUAUGUGGAGUUUGAUGACCAGGAGUGGGAGAAGAGAGAGUGGGUGAAGGUCUAUGAGGAUUUCCAGCUGUUUCUACUGGAGCACCAGCUGGUCUGGGCCAAGAGGAAGGAGGGAGCAGGAGGCGGAGCAGGAGGCCUGCUGCAGGGAACCAAGGCCAAACACAUACAGUGGCCUGCCCUGGCGUUUAAGCCAGUGGUGGGGAAGAGCCUGCUGUCGUCAGUCACAGCGGUGGAAUUCUUGUUAGACCGACAGCUCGACUUCCUGUCUGAACACUCAGCCUUCCAACCAUACCAGGAUGAAGUGGACAGUCUGAACCCGGUGCUCAGAGACAACCAUCAGCUCCAUGAGGAAGUGAGAGGCUGGCUCAAAGACCAGAAGGUGCAGGAGAUUUUUAUGCAAGGUCCUUACUCUCUGAAUGGAUACCGUGUGCGUGUGUACAGACAAGACUCGGCCACCCAGUGGUUCACUGGCAUCAUUACACACCACGACCUCUUCAGUCGAAACAUGGUCGUUAUGAAUGACCAGGUGCUAGAGCCUCAGAACGUGGAUCCCUCUAUGAUCCAGAUGACCUUUCUGGAUGAUGUGGUCCACUCCCUACUGAAAGGAGAAAACAUUGGUAUCACCUCCAGACGAAGGUCACGAUCCAGCAACAACAACAACAAUACUGCCCAUAUGACUGGAGGGAGACCCGGCGGGACCACUGGCAGCACUCAGAGCCAUUACACACGAGCCCAGGCCAACAGCCCCCGUCCCAUUAUGAACUCAUCCGGCCCCAAUGCGAAAGGUUCCCAGGGGACCCAGGCCUCGCAGCAGCAGAGCCAGUCACAACAAAGCCAGCAAACAGCCAGCCAAUCACACCACUCGCCUGGCAGCAACGCAAGGGAGCAGAGAGAGCAGCGAAAUGCCCGCUCCUCCAGGAGGAAAGGAUCCGACAGCAGCGUUCCAGAGGAGGACAAGGAGCGGAGAGAGGAGCCCCCAGCGAGAGAGUCCAAAAAGGCCAAGCAGGCAGUAAACAAACGCAGGAAGGGCGAGGAAGAGGAGAAGAAGGCCAGUCUAAAGAGGCUGAAGACGGACAUAACCUCGGACCAAUCAGAGAGCAGCGACUCAGAGAACCCACACAACAAGAGGACCGCCCUCUCCUCUUGCUCCUCUUCCUCCUCAUCGUCCUCCUCAUCAUCCUCCUCCUCCUCUUCCUCCUCCUCAGAGCCCAACUCUGAGAACGAGCUAAAGACUCGCAGCAGCGAUGUGAAACAAAUCGCUGUUUCCAAAAAGGAGGAAGAGGAGAAGCCGCUGAUGCCGGCCACCAAAUUGAAUGAUUCCUCGUCUAUCAUUGGCCGCCUUUCCCCGUGGGCGGAGCUUCAGGAGGACAGCAAGAAGGAAACGGGCAAAAUGACAACAAAGGAGGAGGAGGAGUUGGUCGCUGUAACACAGAUCACCCAGUCUCCACGGCAACAAACGCCUGUGAUGCCUGACAGCCUUCAGGCAGGCAGUGUGGAGAGCAGCAAGAGCACUGUGAAAGCGUCCUCUCAGUCCCAGACGCCGGCGUUGUCCCAGCUCACCGGUGGCAGUGGCGGCAGCGGUGUGAUCGACAUCACAGAAGAUGCUCAGGCCACGGUGCACCAGGAGAGCUCCGAGGCGGUGUCAGCGCUGCUCGCCUCACAGAAGGCAGAGUCCACGGCACUCUCACCUUACCUCCCCCUCAACCCCUCCCCUGUGUCCUCGCCUCCAGUCCCUCCGUCUCCCUCGCCAUCAGAAGGAGGCCGCAGGGCAGAGACUGAGCCUUCCAUGCAGCAGCAGCAGCCGCCCCAGCAUGGCCCUACAGGAGGCGGUACGACAGCAGCCCGGAGCUCAGGCAACAAGAUAGAGUUUGCUCCCUCUGAGGUCAUCAGGCCUGUCGCAUCGAUGGUUGAAAAUGUGUUGCUGGUGGAGAAGGAGAAACCGGUCCUUCCUCAUCAUCUUCAUCAUCACCCACAGCAGCAGCAGCAGCAGCACACACAACAGAAGCAACACUACACAUCUGUCCCACCCAGCAUUAAGAGCCCGUCUCUGUCUGAGGAGACGAGAAAACCCCCCCAGCAGCACCCUCCCCCCAACAAGAUGAGUGAAGCCCUCCCUCCUGACGUCAAAUCAAAAACCAGCCCCAACCCAGCGCAGCUCGACGCCCUGAAACAGAAACCCCAGCACCUCAACAACUCUCAGAGCCAUCCCUACCCCAGCACAACCCCAGCUGACCCUCUCAAAGCAAAGCCCCACCCGGGCCUGCUGGACAUCUCCAAACCCAAACCCAACACCUCCCCAGAGGUCUCCAAACAUAAAAUACAGCGGUACUCUGACCCCUCCCCUCCACCAAUAGGUCGUUUGUCCGCUAAAGUAGAACCAGCAGAACAUCCGCGGUCCUGCUUCAAGCCGGUGCCGGCGCGAUCUGAGUCGGGUGGGGUCAGCAGCACGAAGAGCCCCCUCAUCAUUGAUAAGAACGAGACGUUCACGGUUUACAGGGACCCCGCCCUGGUGCGCUCAGACGCAGAGAACUCUGUCUCUGCUAGUGUCUCCUCCAACCACGUGGCAGCUUAUCUCCACCCCCACCUGCACACUCUUCACUCCCCUUCCCCUCACUCCCCCUGCCUCCCCUCCCCAUCGCACCCCCACACCUCCCAUCUCCUCGCCCCUCCUCACACCUCUGCCCUACCUCACCCGCACCUUUUACCCCCCGGGGUUCUUCCCGCCAUGCCUCCGCCCGCAGCCUCUCUUCUGGGGGGCCACCCUCGGCUAGACUCCCCUAGUGGGUUGGGUCAUCUCGGUUUGCCUCACCCAGCCGCCGCACACCAGCAGCAGUUCCUACAGGCUCAGGGCCCCCCUCUACUAGCCCAGGCCCACAGCGGGGCCGCAGGGCUGGGCCUCUACCCCAUCCUCUGGCAGUACCCCAACGGAACACCAUCCUCCUACCCCCCAGGGCUCAACCUGCCCCCCACAGCCAAGUGGGUCCACCCUGACACUCCUGUGAAUUCUGAGGUGUCUCUCCGGAGGAACACAGCCAGUCCUUGGCUGCACCAGGCUGCGGGGGGUGCUGAUGGUCUGGGUCUUCUGAGCCACGUCCCUGUAAGGCCAGCCAGCGCAGAUCCCCACCGCCCCUCCGUCAAGAUGAACGCACACGCCAGCCCUCCACUGUCAAAGGCCAGCAUGAACGCACAUAAAGAGGAUAUGGAUAAGAAAGGCUUUGUGGACCCCAUCAGGACGCUGACACUGGCCCAGCUGAAGCAGGAGCAGACAGACAGGAGUCGCACCCCCACAGGGAAAGAAGUCCACCUGCACCGUCUCUACAUGGACCCCCACAGCAAGGCCCGCAUGGAUGCGGUUCAGGCAGCAGAUCGAGCCAGUAAAUACAAAGAGGAGAAUCGGCAGAUCCUGAAGGAGAGUAUCGAGGUGGCUCCCUACACGGCUAAGAUCCAGCGAUCCAGUGACCCGGGCAUGGACCGGGACCGAGAGAGGAGCAGAGACCCAGCCUUCCCUGUCCGAGUCCCCGCGCUCUCCUCCCCAAGCCCCAAGGCGGGCCACAUCCAUCCCCACGUCAUCCAAUCAGAAAAGAGCAACUACUUCACCACGCUGUCCAACAGUGUGGUGAACGACCCGCCCAGACUCUACUCCUCCAAGGAUAUCAGCUCUUACUAUGAGAAGGUUUCCAGCGGAGCUUCAGGAGUCGUGGCCAGCGUCGGAGCCGCCGUGCCCAGCCAGGGAGCUCUGUCCCUGGGCAGCUACAGCUCCAAAGCCUCCCUCUCCAAGCCGCCGCCUCUCAUCAAACACCAGCCAGAGGGGGGGGAGGGUCUAGCGGGGAAGAUCAACGAGCAGCUCAGCCAGCAGGUGACGCUGGUGCAGCAGCAGCACCAGCACCAUGGCUUAGACAGGAUGGAGCGCCGCAGCCCUGCCAUCUCUCCCUCUGCCACUAUAUCUUCCUCCUCCUCCUUAGCACCAAACCACCACCAUCAUACCCACCAGCACCACCACCACCAACAGCAGCAGCAGCACCACCACCACCACCAACAGCAGCAGCAGCAGCACCAACAGCAGCAGCAGCAGCAGCAGCAGCAGCAGCAGCAGCAGCAACAGCAGCAGCAGCAGCAGCAGCAGCAGCAGCACCAACAGCAGCAGCAGCAGCACCAACAGCAGCAGCAGCAGCAGCACCACCACCAGCAGCAGCACCAACAGCAGCAGCACCACCACCACCAACAACAUCACCAACAGCAGCACCAACAGCAGCACCAACAUCAGCACCAACAGCAGCACCAACAGCAGCAGCAGCUCAGGGCAAUGCCAUCUCUCCACCGAGCGCCCGUCUUCCACCCGCCCACACAGCACGCACUGGAACGUAAAGAGGCUGCAGAGCGAGAGAGGGAGCGGGAGAGAGAGCGGGAAAAGGAGAGGGAGCGAGAGCGGGACAGAGCCGGUUAUGGUGGACGCCUGUCCCCCCCAACACUUACCCCCAUCCAGCCGGUUAGUUUAGCAGCAGCUGGUAGCAAGACGUUGGCGGAGCAGCAGAAGCCCCCCACGCUGCUGCCGGAACUCAGGGACACCAAAGGUCAUGGAAACGCUGCCGUGGUAACCUCUGUAGCUGCAGCCAUCAGCGGGGAGGUCAUGACUUCCACUGCAGACGCGUGGAGAGAGAGAGGAGGCUCCUUCUCCGGAGAGAAAGGGAUGUCACGGGGAAAGCCCCAAUCUGCAAUGGCAUCGGUCAUUGUGCGACCAUCCACUUCUAUUAAGUACGACAUUCCCGUUGGUGCUAACAAAUCUGGUGCUAUGAUCCCUAAGGAGCUUCCCCAGGGGAGGUUCUACCCAUCCAAGCUUCAGGGAGAGUGUCUCAGGCGAGGGGAGGGGUUCAGAGACGUUGGCAGGAUCAUCCAACCCAACUCUAACCUGGACGACAUGUGUUUGCAGUAUAAGAACACUUCUAUGCGUGGCAUACAUGGAAUGAUGGGAGCUAACUCUGUGUGCAGGACUAUCUCUCCAGCCUUUGGCAUACAGAGUAUGAGCGGCACCCCCCUUCCUGAGCUGGGCUACUCCACAUCAGCUCACAUUGCUUCCCAUAAAACUGGCAUUGGUGGCUGGGUGCUGAGCCACUCAGGAGCAGGAGAUUACCAGGAAGUGUUACGCACCACUUCUCCAGGGGGCUCUCUGCCUCCCCCAAGUCCAGCAGGGACCCCCCAGCCUAGUCCUAGCAUCACCCCAACACCUAGCUCUGUUUCUGGCUCAAGUCAGCCUUACUCACCCUCCUUUGUCCACCUGAAGAAGCACAAAGCUGCCCUGGCUGCAGCCCAAUCCAGAACCAACUUCUCCCCUUCUCCCACUGCCAUCACAACCGGAAAUUGCUUCCUACCUGUGGACUCUGCUGACAAAACUCCUAUUCAAAACUCCCCCCCACCACCCUCCUCCAGCCAAGCCUCAUCAUCUUCCGUGGACAGCAGUAGCAACAGCUCGGUGGGCGGGAGCACGACGACAGGCAAGUCCAGCCCCCUGCCCAACGGCCAGAGCUCCGGGUCAGCGUCCUCCAGUAGCGCACAGCCCAGCAACUACCACAAGCUGAAGAAAGCCUGGUUAACCCGGCACUCAGAGGAGGACAGGAACACAACUGCUAACACAACCCCCCCCAGUGUUAAACCAGAGAAAGUGCCCAGCACCACCACCAGCACCAGUAACACUGCAGCCAUGUCAGACAUGAUCAAACCCUGUACCGUCAAUCUGAGCGCCUCCACCUCCAGCGAGGUGGAGAUGAGCAAAGAAAGCGUGAUCAAAGUGGACAGGGAGAGGCAGCAGGAGGAGAAGGGGGGAGGAGCAGCAGGAGGAGGUGUGGAAGAGAGGAAAGCACCUCCCUCUUUAAGGCGUGGGAACAAACGCACAUACGAGUCUGCUUCAGAGAGCGGGGGAGAUGACUCCGAUGCCAGCGAGAGCAAAAUGGAGGGCCGAGCCAAGCGCCAGCCCAAACCCACCUACAAGAAGAAACAGAACGACAUGGCCAAGAAGAAAGGAGACAAUGAGAAGGAGGAAGAUGACUUGAAGCCUAACGGCAUCUUCAGAUCAGCCAGAGAGAAGACUAAACUCAAGCUGGCCAGCAGCAAUGGGAUCCCCCGUUCCGUCCUGAAGGACUGGAGGAAGGUGAAGAAGCUGAAGCAGACGGCAGAGUCCUUCCUUCAGGACGACUCGUGUGCUGAAAUUGGACCCAACCUGCAGAAGUGUCGGGAGUGCAGGGUGAUCCGCAGCAAGAAGGGGGAGGAGCCCGCACAUUCCCCCGUCUUCUGCCGCUUCUACUAUUUCAGACGGCUUUCCUUCAGUAAAAAUGGAGUCAUCCGGAUGGAUGGCUUCUCCAACCCGGAGCAAUUUGAUGAUGAGGCCCUCUCCCUGUGGGUCCCCGCGCUGGAGGACACCCACCUGGACCAAAACACAGCCAAGUACAUCCUCAGCUUCAUAGGAGACAAGUUCUGUCAGAUGGUUGUGACUGAGAACACAGCAGCCACCUGGGUCAAGAAGGAUGCCAAGCUGGCGUGGAAGCGAGCUGUGAGGGGGGUGAGGGAGAUGUGUGACGCCUGUGAGGCAACGCUCUUCAACAUCCACUGGGUCUGUCAGAAGUGUGGCUUUGUGGUCUGCCUGGACUGUUACAAGGCAAAGGAGAGGAGGAGCUCCAAAGACAAAGAACUGUACGGCUGGCUCAAGUGUGUGAAAGGUCAACCCCACGAUCACAAACACCUGAUGCCGACACAGAUCAUCCCCGGCACAGUGCUGGCAGAUCUGGUGUCUUCCAUGCACUCUCUGAGAGAGAAACACAACAUCAAGUCCCACUGCCCCUGCAGCACCAAGCAGAACCUGCUCACCAAACUACCAGCCACUAACGGAGUCUCACAGGUUCUGCAGAACGUCCUGAACCACAGUAACAAACUGUCUGUGCUGAAGGCUGAGCCGGGCUCUCAGCAGAACUCCGACCAAGGAGGGACAAAGGUGGAGACUAAUGGAGGGGGAGGAGGAAGCAGUCCAGGCAGCGACGCAGGAAGUGCUCCUGCCACCCCGCCCGAGUCCCAGUCACCUCUGCACUUCCUUGCUGAUCUGGCAGAGCAGAAGUCCAGGGAGGAGAAGAAAGAAAACAAGUCUGUGGUGCUGGGUAAAUCAGUGAAGGAGGACAAGGUGGGGGACAGCCUGGAGUUGCUGCAGCAGUGUAAGACCACUUCUCUGGUGGCCAACAGUACGGAGCAGGGCUCCACUCUCAGAGACCUGCUCACCACCACAGCAGGGAAGCUGAAGCUAGGCUCUACAGACGCAGGCAUUGCCUUUGCACCGGUCUACUGUAACUCUUCACAGCAUGGAAAAGGUGGGAGGUCCAUGCCCAACAUCCUCGAUGACAUCAUUGCUUCAGUGGUUGAAAAUAAAAUCCCGGCCAACCGCCAGAGCAUCGCUAGCAAACUGUCAAGCAUCAAGCAUGAGCCUGUCACCCCGAGCAACAACAACAUACCCACCCCUGCUAUCACUGAGGAUGUCAAACCCGACAGGAAGAAGACAGCUGUUCCUGCAGCGGUGCCAGAAGAAUCCACCAAUGAGUAUCCAGAUAUCCCUCACUGCUGGUUAAACAACAGGAAGCUGCUGUGGCUCAAAGAUCACCGCAACCAGAACAACUGGAAGCUGUUCAGAGAGUGCUGGAGACAAGGACAGCCUGUGCUGGUGUCAGGGAUCCACAAGCGCCUGAACAGCGCCCUGUGGAAGGCCGACUCCUUCAACCAGGAGUUUGCUGACCAUCAGGGAGACCUGCUCAACUGUAAGGACCAGGUAGUGUCCAACUCUGGGAUCAAGGAGUUCUGGGAUGGAUUCGAGGACAUCACCAAGCGGCCCAAGUCAAAGGAUGGAGAGCCCAUGGUGUACAGGCUGAAGGACUGGCCCUCUGGAGAGGAGUUCAUGGCCCUCAUGCCCUCAAGAUAUGAUGACCUGAUGAAGAACUUGCCUCUGCCGGAGUACUCUGAUCCAGAGGGCAACCUGAACCUGGCCUCCCACCUGCCCUCUUUCUUUGUCCGGCCGGAUCUGGGGCCCAGACUCUGCUGUGCCUACGGUGUAGCUGCGUCUCAGGACCAGGAUUUUGGGACCGCUAACCUCCAUGUGGAAGUCUCAGAUGUGGUCUCUGUUCUGGUCUAUGUAGGAGUCGCUAAAGGCAACGGAGUCCUGUCAAAAACUGGAGUUCUGAAGCGUCUGGAAGAGGAGGAUCUGGAUGAGGGGGUGCGCAGGAGGCUCAAAGACUCCAGCGAGACCCCAGGGGCUCUAUGGCACAUCUACCUCAACAAAGACAUGGACAAAGUGCGGGAGUUCCUGCGCAAGGAGCAGAGUCUGGACGUGGCCCCGGAGCAGGACCCCAUCAGAGAGCAGGGCCAGUACCUGAGCAGGAAGCAGCGGCAGCGGCUGCUGGAGGAUGACGGGGUGCAGGGCUGGACCGUGGUCCAGUUCCUGGGAGACUCUGUACUCAUACCAGCAGGGGCCAUGCACCAGGUGCAGAACCUCCACAGCUGUGUGCAGGUCAUCAAUGACUUUGUGUCCCCCGAACACGUGGCCAACUCCUUCCACCUGAGCCAGGAGCUGCGGCCCAACAACGAGGAGGUCAACUACGAGGACAAACUGCAGGUGAAGAACAUCCUGUUCCACUGUGUGAAGGAGGCGGUGAGCUCCCUGAAGAGGAGCAGCUGCGAGGAAGACGACGAGGAGGAGAACUCAUGACCCCCCCUCUACCUCGUCCCCUCCCUGCAGAGAGGGACCCGCCUCCCAUCAGCACCUCCUCUCCUCACCCCCCUCCUCAGGUGGAGGUGAUGGGGUCAGAGCUGGUCAUGUGACCCCCCCCCCCCCCCCCACAUCACCCCCCAACCUUCAGUGCCAAGAGGAGACAAACAUGAGGCAGCUGCACUGACAGGGAUUACACCCCCCCCCCACUCAAACCAAACUCUGUGACUAGUGUGUUACCAUGGAAACUCAGACUGUCCUGUAGGCUGACAGCAACAGUGAUGAUGGAGACUCUGCCCUCCCCUGCAGGAGGCUUAAUCCCUGUCUGUAGCAGCAGCCACCACAGCAUCACCAGCAGCAGCAGCAUCAUCUCUGCUGUUCAAUCGAUCCGAAAAAAUAUUGAGGGUAAAAAAUGCAAAAAGAGAAACCAGAAGUUUCCGCCAGCGCUGCGCUGCCCCUCUGUGUCGUCCGUCUGUACUCGUUCUGUCCUUCUUUUCUAGUUCUAUCUGUCUGUUGCCGUUUUGUUCUACAUUUUCUUUUUAAUACGAACAUUGUUUAAUUUCCUCUGUGAAGAUAUAUAUUUAUUUUAUAGCUGUAUGAUAUGCGAUGUUAUUGAGACAAAAAAAGCAUUAAUGUAAAUGUGAGUUGUACAGUUUUUUUUUCUUUGAGUAUGUGGUUUUCAGUUGUAAUACGGCUCUACUGUGAUGGAGGACACACACACACACACACACACACACACACACACACACACACACACACACACACACCAGCUAUUGCCUGUAACUUUGGGAAAUGUUGAUGCUCUACAGUCCUCAUGCCAUAAAUACAUUUUUGAAAAUGAACUGCCAAACUAUUGUAAAGACUGUAAAGUUGUAUUAUGUAAAAAAGAACAAAAUGGCUUAUACACUUCAGCAUUUUAUGAAAAAAAAGUAUUUGCUGUAAAAUUGAGACAUUUACAGAAAAUAUGUAAUUUAUUUAAGAAAGAAUGAAUUGUCUUGUUUUUUUGUUUAGUUAAAUUUACUAUGGUGAACUUUUGAAGUUAAAAGAUAAAAUAAUGAAAUGUUUACUAUAAUGUGUAAAUAUAUACAUAUAUACAUUCACUGAGGUAUUUUUUUAAAACAUGGCUUGCUUCAAUUUCAAAUUUUAAAGUGCAAGUGUUACAUGCUUUGUACGUUGAAGUUCAAAGGGUUUUACAUUUUCCAUUAAAAUGGAUUUAUCAAACGUGUGUGUUGUGUGUUCGAUGCCUGGCUCAGUGGGAUGCAAAGGUUUUAACUAUGGGAUGCAAAGUGUUGUUUCAUUUAAUAUGGCUGAAAAAACCCAGAAUGUUUUCAGCUCAUAUGCUCAUGGGGAAGUCCUCAAAUCACGACCACAGGCAGAGAAAUCCACACAUAUAUAUUUCAUUAUUUUUUGAGUUAUAUGCUGUGUUUCCCAAGCCACCAUUUUUCAUAUAAAGGAGCAAAAUUGUCGCGCAUCAUCAAAAUCACAUUUAUCGAAAGGAAUGAAUGUAUAUUACUUUUAAUAAACUAUUGAACUUAA